AUAGAAAAUGAAAAAAAGUGCAAUGUUUUUAGGGUUGAACGGUCCAACCUAUUGAUGGGCCAGCCAGUAACCAGUAACCAGUAAGAACAUCAACAUGGUUGUCUUUUGAAGUAUCCAAAGCAAAGCAUGCCAUGCCAACCUAUCUCACCUCAGUAUUCUAUAUAUAAACAACACCUCAUACCCCAUUUGGCGUGUCCAAAUUACAUAGAUAGAGUGAGAGAGAGAGAAAAGAGUUUUCAGUUAGUUUGAUGGAAAAGAUUGAGAAGAAGAAGAAGAAGAGCAAGUUGUGGCUGAAGAAGGUGUUUCGGUGGAAAAGAUUGGACCUUCAAACGACCAUCAUGGACACCGUGGUUUUCAAGAUACUCUCCGUAGCUGAGGCUCUAGUCCUUGUCUCCACCCUCUGUUUCUUCUACCUUUGUUGUGGCUGCCACUUCUGAAUUCAUCAUCAAUCUAUAUAUACCCUUUAUUUCAUUUAUUCUUUCUCCUUACUACUCUCUUACUAAUUCAUAACCCAAUUAAUAAUUAUAUAUACCUUCAAAGAUUAUGUUUCUAAUCACUUCUUUUCUGCUUACUUUCUUA